CACUUCUUCACUCACCAAACCUCAUCAAGACUAUAGCACAUCUUGUGUCUACGGAUACCAACGCUACAUCUCUUAGCUCAAAGACUCAACUCUACUACUCAACCAACCCAACAACACCAUUAGACAUGGCUGCCAUUAACUUCGCCUCUACCGCCUGCUCUGCUGGCAACCGUGGGCAGCUCACCAACAGUGCGUCUGUUUCCCGAUGGCAAUGUUGCAACUGCAACUACGGCUGGCAGAAUGUCGACCUUGAAACUCUGUGCACUGCUUGUCAGGUCCCUCGUUAUCUCGGGGGCCAUCCAUUGCCUAUAAAGUCCCGCCCCGGAUACACAAUCAGAUCCGGCCUCAUCUUCCGCUCAGCAGAACCAUCCCGUCUCACCGAAGACGGCGUCUCGGCGCUACAGGACCUCAAGAUCUCACACGUCUACGACCUGCGCUCGCGAACUGAGAUCGAGCGCUACGCUACAGGAACCCGAGAGUGGCCCGGCGCCCAACGGGUCUUUACUCCGGUGUUCUUAGACGAGGAUUACGGUCCGGAGGCUAUUGCAUUGCGAUUUCGGAAUUACACCGCCGAAGGGAGCCAGGGAUUUGUUGAGGCGUAUCGGGGAAUUUGGGAGACGGGAACGGAUUCUAUCAACACUAUUCUCUCGCAUCUUGCCAGACCGGAUCCUUCACCCCUACUCAUCCACUGCACUGCAGGCAAGGAUAGAACUGGUGUAGUAUGCGCUUUCAUCUUGUCUAUAUGCGGCGUGGAUGAAGGCACUAUUGCUCAUGAGUAUGGUUUGACUGAGGUUGGCCUUGGUGACUUUCGUGAGGAGCUUCUUGCUGCUGUGAUGAAGAGUCCUGAACUGAGAGCCAACCCCGAAGGUGCUCAACGAUUACUGGGAGCCAAGCCCGAGAACAUGCUUGCUGCUUUGGAAGCACUUCGUAAACAACAUGGCUCUGUCGAGGAGUAUGUGGUAAAGAACUGUGGUCUGACAGUGGAGGAUCUUGAGCAGAUUCGAAAGAACUUGAUCGUGCCCGAGGAGAGCAGGUAGUAGUGUCGAUGAGUUAUGAAUGACGACUCAGGACCAUGAUGAACAUCAACGUCAAUGGCACAGGCUGAGCAUGUUUAUAGA